UCUAGUAUGCUGUCAUGUCUUGUACACUAAACAGUGAAGUAAAGAUCUACAGUGACACAGCUUCAUGCCGCACGCUCUGACAUGAUGGACAAGAGUUUGACAAUGUUGACAUCUUUCACUUUUCUUUUUAUGGCAGGGUCAUUCAUCAUAGCUGUAAAAGCUCAGUUCACAGUGCAGCCAUUGUCAGUGGAGAGAGCUGAGGGACUGGAGGCAGUGUUCAGGUGUCAGUAUCAAGCGGAGGGAUUGACUGUUACUUAUGAUUGGGCAAUAAACAAUACCAUACUCGGAGCAGAUACAGAAACUGUUAGAGCACGUCCACCUUCAUCUCCUGGUGGACCAACCACACUGAUAGUCUUGGCCACUUCACAGCACAACAACUCUGUUGUUCUGUGCCGUGCUACAAUUAGUAAUGGUAUUGUUUUUGUAAGGUCUGAAUUAUCGAUCACAGCCACUCUAACUAAUCAUGGAACGGACAUCACUGACGUUCUGAAUGCUCCAAACACCAUUACCGUGAUGUGGAAUGCUCUACCUCUCACUGAGUACUGUGUGGACAUCACCAGGACAACUCUGGACUCGACUGAAACAGCUGUUCUUGAUUCUGUGUGUGGAUUCACUAAUGAGUACACCUUCACGUACUCCAACUCCAUCAGUGUGUGUGACAGAUUCUCCUUCACUGUGACUCCUACUGAAGGAGAGAUGAGGGGAACAACCAGUGAACCAGAUACUGGGUUCUUUACGAGGGCAGAAGGUAGUGGAGAACAACGUCGUAUUCGUGAAAAUGGAGGGAAUAAGUUAGUCGAGUUUGAGAGUCAUUGUAUAGUAUAAGAGAUGCACAUGUAACAAAGCUAACGUUCUCCAGGUACCAAGUUGCACAAGGUUCACUCGGUAUCAUGUGGACUCUGACUUAUUGACUCCCUCCAUCAGCCGUUCAAUCACGGACCCUUUGUUUGAUGGCUCACUCAGUUUCUCCCUCCCCACUGACAAGAUGACAGAAUACAGUGUCACACUGACAGAUGAGAAUAGAAUAGACCUCGUGUUUGAAAAUAUUCCAAUCAGUGAGUCAAUCACGUUCAUUUGAACAGAUAAAAAGGUGUCUCUAUCAGGUACAUUUGACGUUCAAGACCUCCUAGUGUCUGAAUGUCCUGGUGGUGGUGGUAUUUGUGUGAACAUUGUGUAUGUUGAAGGUACUGUCUCUCCCGGAGCUCUCGUCUGUGCAGUUCGUAUUAUUGGUGGAGUGUUUGAUU